UUUAUCUUUCAAAAUGAGCAAAGAAAAGACUCUGAAUUGGUUCCAAAAGUCUCUCUCGUGCUUGAACUCUUGGGUAAAAGCUACUGAUAAGUUUGGUGUGCCAGUCAGUCUCAACUUCAGAGGGGAAGACUCCUUUAAGACAACAAUCGGAGGCAUUGUCACUUUGAUUUCUGUGAUCCUCCUUGUGAUGUACACUAUUUCAGAAAUGAGGCAGGUAAUCACAAAAGGAAAAACAAGGAUUAAUAGCAAUAUUGUUUCCAGAAAUUUGCUUGAAAGCAAAGAGACUUAUCAAAUUGCUAAAGAUGGCUUUGUGAUAAGUAUGGUUGGAAAUUCUGAGGAGCUUAAUAUUCCGGCUUACUUCGAAUUCCAAUACAACAACAAAAUUAUUGAGAAAGAGCUUAUCGGAGGACCUGAAAUUAAAAAUGAGGAUGUGGAAUACUCUACAUCUCCUUGUGGAGACAAAUUUGAUAAAUUUAUUGACAAAGAGGCUGCUAGAAGACUCAGAGUUCAUGAAACAUUUUGUCCUAAUUCAAGUGAUUGGAGAAUUGGAGGGUCUCGUACAGGAUAUCAAUUUAGUUAUCUCACUGCUACAAUUCGAAGAUGAUCCAACUCUUUGCCUGGAUUUUGCAAAAAUAUUGAUGAAAUAAAUAAUAAAAUUGGUGAACAAGCUUUUACUGUGGCGACAUCUAAUUAUUACUUCGAUAUUGAUAAUUAUGAGAGUCCGCUUAACAUCACAUUUGAAGAUGAAUUUAGCUUUCCUUUGCUUAACUAUAUGACUGUCGAGAAAACUCUAAAGGUUAGGAUAAAUAAAGCAUACGAUUACACCAGCAUCUGGUAUCCUUCCGAGCCUAAAGAGUAUACGUAUUACUCCAUAGAGUCUGUAAAAGAUUCCCUUCAAGCGGAGAAUGGAAGUGGAGACCUUGCCAGAAUUAAUAUAAUUUUAGACAAAAACUACAACAUUGUUGAGCGAAAAGUCUAUACAUUUUAUGAUAUGCUUGGACAAGUUGGAGGAGUCAUGGGCAUUAUAUACUCUCUUGGCUCUGUUUGAGUGAACAUAUUUUCUGGAAAAAUAUAUAUCAUGACAUUGCUAUCAUACUUUUAUAAAGUGGAAAGAAGGCCUGAUACCCAAAAAGUAUCACCCUCUCAGAAAAUCAGUUCUAUAAAGCUCAAUUCUUUUCAAGAAAAUUUGAGCAAAAAUGAAAUUAAAGAAGAAGACAAGUUUGAUGAUUCGGAAUGUAACAUCAAAGGCAGGACUUUUGAAGACAGCAACUUAAAUAAAAUAUCUCAGCUUAAACACAAGCUGACUUCGCUGCAAUACUAUAAAUAUUCUUGCUGAGAUCUGUUCUACUCCAUUUUCUGUUGCUCAAAAUUUAGACGGAAGAGGUCCGAGGAGACACCUUUGUACAAACAGUAUAAAGAUUAUAGAUGAGGAAAAGAGAAGAUUACUCGAGAGCUUGACUUGAUUUCAAUCGUUGACACGAUGAGAACAGUUCAUGUCCUUUCAAAUAUUAUUCUUGACAAGCAUAAAUAAAGUUCUUGCUCAACACCAACCAAUAAAUUUAUGAUCCUAUACCAGGAAGAAUGCAAAGUCAGAUUAUCCUAAAACUGAAGAGAAAACAGAUCAAGAGAAGAAUAUUGAAAGGCAGUUGGAGGAACUUAAAACUUUAGAAGAAGAAUUAUGGGAAGAUCCUAUCUCACAGGAACUAUAUAACGCUAUAUUCCAAACACAUAAAGACUGAAAAACACGAAAUAUUACCAAAAUAAGUCCUUAAGAGCUCAAUAUCUGAAGAUUUCCAGUUACAGAAAGAAUCAUAAAAUCUCUGCACUAUUUCACAAAUAAAUCGUUCC